AUGAACAUUUCAACAGUCACACAAGUAGAUAUGAAUUCUGAGGAAAAAUAUUUAAAAAUUAAAAAUUUUAUACGGAGAGUUACACUAGAUUUUCCAGAAGUACCAUAUGAAAAUAUAUUAUUAAAAAGAGAAUUUAAAACUUCUGAAAACAUAGUAAAUGAUAUUCAUACAAAUAACAGAUAUCUUCAUGUUCAAAUAAAUGGUGUAUCUAGAUAUAUAGCUCUUUCAUCGUAUCACGUUGUGAUAGAAUUUGUCAUGCAUCAUGGAAAAAAAUAUUUUAUUUGUAAUAGAAGCCCCUUUAAAACAUAUAAAGAAGCUAGAAUAUUUUGUGAACUUUUAGAAGAAUUCAGUCAAUUUAAAUUACAACAUAUAUUUUUAGGAAAAAAUCCUCUUGCUUCUAAAAUUUGGAGAAAUACUUGA